GAAGCGGCUCCGCAGCAUCGCCGUCGCGCCCGGCGCACUCGCGGACGAACGCGCACUUGCACGCGGCGGAUUUAUAACCGGGGCUGAGCCGGGAAGACCAUGGCGGAACGGGGCCAAGCGUCUCUGGCGGGACAGAGGUUAGGGGCUCCGGAGACUCUGGGGAUCAGCACCCUGGAGCCCGGGCACAAACCGCCCGCCAUGCCGUCUGGACGCCCGGUGCCCGUCAGAGUCGUGCUGCUGGAUGACUCCGAGGAGAUUUUUGAAAUAUCGCAUCGAGCAUCGGGCCGGGUUCUGUUCGAGAUGGUCUGCUUGCAUCUGAACCUCAUUGAGGGGGAUUACUUUGGCCUAGAGUUCCAGAGCCAUCACAGAAAGAUGGUUUGGUUGGAUUUACUAAAGCCCAUUAGAAAGCAGAUCACACGGCCCAAGCACACCGUCCUUCGGUUUGUUGUGAAGUUCUUCCCCCCUGAUCACUCGCUGCUGCUGGAGGAGCUGACCAGGUACUUGUUUGCGCUGCAGGUGAGGCAGGAUCUGGCGAGCGGACGUCUCACGUGCAGCGACGCCAGCGCUGCUCUUCUGGUCUCUCAUAUCAUCCAGUCUGAGAUUGGGGAUUUUGAGGAAACUCAGUGUAGACAGCAUCUACUAAACACCAACUACAUCCCUGACCAGAUGGCCCUGAUGGACAAAAUCAUGGAGUUCCACCAUAAACACAUUGGACAGACACCAGCAGAGUCAGAUUACCGGUUGCUGGAGGUGGCUUGCAGGUUGGAGAUAUACGGUAUCCGACUUCAUCCGGCUAAAGACAGAGAAGGAACCAAACUCAGCCUGGCUGUAGCACACGGCGGCGUCCUCGUGUUUCAGGGACACAACAGAAUCAACAACUUCAACUGGUCUAAAAUCCGCAAGCUGAGUUUCAAGAGGAGGAGGUUCCUUAUCAAGCUGAGAGCAGACCCUAGUCAGAAUGUCAAUCAGGAUACUCUGGAGUUUCUGAUGGCGAGUCGGGACUGCUGUAAAAUGUUCUGGAAGAUCUGUGUGGAGUAUCACGCCUUCUUCAGGCUCUUUGAGGAGCCCAGACCCAAACCCAAACCGGUGCUGUUCAGCAGGGGCUCUUCCUUCAGGUUCAGCGGUCGGACACAGAAGCAGGUGAUAGAUUAUGUGAAGGAAAACGAGUUUAAAAAGCUGCCCUUUGAUAGGAAACACAGUCGAGUGCAGUACAACAGCAGUCUUUCACCUCUGCGUUCUGUGCCAAAUCAAGCUAUCAAGCAGAGCUGGGAGGGCUCAUUUUUAGUAAGCUCAGAAGAUUCUGCGGUAAUAAGACCAUGUGGAAACUCCUCCCCAUCGACUCAGCGCAAUGGAUGCAGUGACCAAACGUACCCCAUUCAGGAGGACCGCAGAAGCCCGGCCGCUAAGCAGCAGCCCGUCGAUCGAGCAGAGGUGACGUGUGCUUUAGUUAACGGUCACGCUGAUGACUGUAGAGGAGCGACGCCGUCUCCUCUCAUCUCGCCCAUGCUGAAUGACACUGGCACCAUACGCACCGACGAUGAGGAGGACAACAGGAGGAAGAACUGUCCCGCUGAUACCGCUUACUGCAUAGCUAAAGAGCUGCUGUGUACUGAGAGGACAUACCUGAAGGACCUGGAGCUGAUCACAGUGUGGUUUCAGGGGGUGCUGGACAAAGAGGAUUGUGUUCCUGACGCUCUGAAGACACUGUUGAGUUCCACGUACGAGCCGCUUCAUUCCCACCACACACACUUCCUCCAGGAGCUGGAGGAGAGACUGUCACUGUGGGAAGGCCGAUGCAGUACGGAGGUUAAAGAAGAAAUGCAGCAUGUAGGAGACCUGCUGCUGAAGAGCGCACAGGAGCUGAAGGCUCUCUCAGCUCAGCUGCAGACGAUCUCAGAGUGCGUGUUUGCGCUGGAGAGAGCGUGCGUCGCGUCCCGCAGGCUGGAGAGCGCGUGCCGUGAGUUUGAGCUGCAGAAGGUGUGUUACAUUCCUCUGAACGUCUUUCUGCUGAGUCCCCUCCACCGCCUGCUGCACUACAGACAGAUGCUGGGCAGGCUCUGCAAACACUACCCGCCGACACACUCCGACUACGGCGACUGCUCAGCUGCUUUGGGCGAGGUGAGUGAGCUGGAGGCUGCUCUUCGUCCUGGUCUGGAGGAGAUGGAGAACUAUCAGAAGCUCCUGGAGCUCCAGAAGGAUGUGGUCGGUGUGGAGCGUCUGGCCGUGUCUGGACGUCAGCUCAUCAGGCUCGGCUGUCUCAGCAAACUCUCUGGGAAAGGCCUUCAACAGCGCAUGUUCUUCCUGUUCAGUGACGUGGUGUUGUACAGCACCCGAGGGAUAACGUCGACCAAUCAGUUCACAGUGCACAGGCAACUUCCUCUGCGCGGCAUGACAAUCCGAGAGAGUGAGGACGAGUGGGGCGUCCCGCACUCCUUCACACUGAUGGUGCAGCAGCAGUCACUGGUGGUCGCCGCAUGUUCAGAGUCAGAAAUGGAGAAAUGGAUGGAGGAUUUAAAGAUGGCGGUGGACAUGGCCGAAGAGUCUAACGGACUGACCUCUGACCUGCUGGCUGCUAGCAAGGAUGUCAAAUCCUCAGGGGCGUCCGAAGUGGAGUCAGAGGAUGAUCUUUGUGGAUCUCGAACGUCUUUGCCUCGAAACGGCAACAGUUCGGGAAACACUCCGAACCGCGGCAACACGACGGCCCACGUGUGCUGGCACCGCAACACCAGUGUUUCCAUGCUGGACUUCAACACGGCCAUCGAGAACCAGCUCUCAGGAAAUCUGCUCCGGAAGUUUAAAAACAGCAACGGCUGGCAGAAACUCUGGGUGGUCUUCACCAACUUCACCCUGUUCUUCUACAAAACACACGAGGUAAACAACACACACACACACACACACUGUCACGUCCUCUGUGAAUGUGUGUGUGAAACGUCUGUCUCUUCUCGGUCAGGACAAGUAUCCUCUGGCCAGUCUGCCUCUGUUGGGUUACUCAGUGACUCAUGCAGGAGAAUCUGAAAACAUCCACAAAGAGCACGUCUUCAAACUGCACUUCAAAUCUCAUAUCUACUACUUCAGAACGGAGAGUGAAUACUUUUUCGACAGAUGGAUGGCGGUGAUCAGAAGUGCCACGGUCUCUGCCAGCAGAACCCGUUAUCUGAACCGGACAGAACCGGACUGAACCCCGGAGAACCCGGCAUCUGAACCGGACAGACAAAAACACGAACCAACAGACCCACGCAGGCAUAUAGGGAGCAACCAUCUCCGUGUGUGUGUGUGUGUGUGCUUUUAUGACAACGUCACUUUUUUUGUGACCGACUUUUUUUUAAUAGCAUUGUUUCAUAGUACGACAUUAAAAGGGAAUGUCGCCGUUUCGCUUCUGAGCCUUUUAAUAGUUUUAAUGAUCAGCCACGGACGUUUUUUUUCUCCCUUAUCUGUAUUCUCACCGAUUUUCUUGCAUGUAAGGCGCUGAGAUUUAAUGAGUGAAGCGGUGAAUGCCAAAAGGUCAAGUACAGAGGUCACCGCCGAGAUAAAAGGUGCUGACGAAAAUCCUUAUCGAGAUAUUCACAAAAGAACUGCAUUACGUUUCAUAAAACGGCCUCGGACGUGCUUCACAGCAUUAUCUUGAGAAAACAAAGGCUCAGAGAUGAAGACCGUGGAAUUCCCUUUAAACUCACGCCAUUCCCCACAAACACACAGGUGCUUUUUAAAGCUCGCGUUUUUGUCCUCUGGUGUAACCAACGAAAAAAAAAAAACAUUUCCUGCAUUUUUUUAACUGGGCUUUUACAGAACCUCUUUUUGUAAAUGAUAAGCAAGUGUAAAGCCGUCACUUGUUGCCUUUGAAAGGAGGCGGAUCCAUUUCAGUGCCAUGGUUUUUAUAGUACGGGUUUCUAUGUUUUAGACUUUGUUUCUAUCAGCUGACGCCACGCUGGGUUCCAGAAGCCAAUGUGCCAAAACCACGACGGUGACUUCUGUCCGUUUCCAUUCUGGACUGACUAUAUCGUGGGAGCAUCGAGAAUUAGGGAUUUAUCACGUGCCAUAACGCGCAAAAGGUCACUUAGGUAACGUUUGAUGAGGUUUUUUUUUUGUUAUUUAAGGUCGCUGUCGUUUUAGGGGUAUCGUCUUCACCCAGCUAAGAAACCGUAAAGCGGCU